AUGGAGUAUCUUCAUAAGAAACUGGACGGGCUGAGUGAAAAUCUUGAUUUUAACUUCCACAGCAAGUGUGAGAAAUUGAAGCUUGUGGAUUUAAGUUUCGCUGACAACCUUCUGCUGUUCUCUAUGGGUGAUAAAGUUUCUGUGACGAUGAUGAUGGACAUUUUUUCCAGUUUCUCACUGUCCAUAGGCCUGAAAGUAAACCCUAAUAAGUGUUACCUUUAUUGUGGUGGUAUGUUAGAGGGUGAGCAAGAGGCAAUCAUGAAGAUCACUGGAUUAUGCAAAGGUAAUCUUCCAUUCAGGUAUUUGGGGAUUCCGUUGUCGAGCAAAAAGCUGUCAAACAAUCAAUGCUUGGUGCUGGUGGAUUGUAUUGUUGCAAAACUUAGUCAUUGGAGCUCUCACAUGUUAAGCUAUGCUGGCAGAGUCCAGCUGGUAAAUAGAGUUAGUUUUGGGAGUGUUAAUUACUGGCUUAGCUGUAUCCCGCUUCCGAAAGGCGUCAUCAAAUGUAUUGAAGCUAAAUGCAGGUCGUUUGUCUGGUCAGGUAAAAGUUCAAUUACUCGCAAGGCGCCUGUUGCGUGGGAGAAAAUGUGUUUGCCAAAGAACCUCGGUGGUAUUGGGAUUAUCAAUUUGCAGGUUCCGGAUGAAAGACUUGUACUUGGGCUAUCUGAGUCACUUGCCAAAAGUGGAGUGGAAGGGCCUGGUGUGCGGUAUACCAAAAGUGUGUGGGAGAAUGUUCUUCGGUGGAUGCAGGUCCGGCAUGGUCCGCGAGGCUGGAAUGAGGAGAUGGCUUGGUUGAUAAAGAUAUGCAAGAGUAGAAAAUGGCGUGGUCACAUUGUGAAGAUGGCCAUUGCGGAGGUGAUAUACGAGACAUGGUGGGAUAGAAAUAUGGUUGUUCAUAGUAUAGAAAAUAGUAAUAGAGAUACUACAAAGAGAGUUAUAGAUAACAUUGUUUACAGGUUAUGGGCGUACCCUAAGUAUAGAGAAAAAUUAGAUCUAAUGUUGAUGCCCUAG